CUAUGUUCAUUGCUUUAGACAACCUUUAACAUAAUAACGGUGUAAAUCACGCACCGUACUCUUGACCCAACAGAGAUAAGCGCUCGUCUGUAACGUUUAUAGACGACUCGUAAACAAUGACACAGGUCACAUGACAGCUGACAUAAUCACAUGACUGUCAAUAGCUCUGUGAUGAUUUCAUGAAAGUUUGCUAGAUUUCAGGCUUGAUGUAUGGGGUCUCUGUGAGAAUGGCUGCACAUAGGCUUUCCCUCGGAUUCAUGUUGCUGAUCUUCGGUGGAAAAACUGAGACACGUUUAUCUGUGAAGGAAAAGCUCAAUAAUGAGGUCAUCCCAUCUCACAGAGACCUUGCUCCUGAUUUCAAGGAAAAGUAUUUUAAACAAAUUUUAGACCACUUCAAUUACAACAGCCUUGGCAAUGGCACAUAUGAUCAGCGCUACCUUAUUACAGAUCAGUACUGGAAGAAAGGCAAUGGACCUAUUUUCUUCUACACUGGCAAUGAAGGGGACAUAUGGGAGUUUGCACGGAAUACAGGGUUCAUCACAGAGCUGGCAGCAGUGCAGGGAGCCCUGGUGAUAUUUGCUGAGCAUAGGUACUAUGGAAAAUCUCUUCCAUUUGGGAAGGAUUCAUUUAAUAUCCCUGAGGUGGGGCUGUUGACGGUGGAGCAGGCCCUGGCUGACUAUGCGGUCGUGAUCACAGAGCUGAAGAAGGAACUGGGAGCUCAGAAAUGUCCCGUAAUCGUCUUUGGUGGAAGCUAUGGAGGAAUGCUAAGCGUUUACAUGAGAAUAAGGUACCCGAAUAUUGUGACUGGGGCGUUAGCCGCUAGUGCUCCCAUCCUGUCCACCGCAGGUCUUACAGACUCUAGACAGUUUUUCCAGGAUGUUACCGCUGAUUUUGAGAAGUUUAAGCCUGCCUGCAGAGAUGCAGUGCAAGGAGCUUUCCAGAAGCUCAACACUUUGGCACAACAGAAAGACUACAGACGCAUCCAGUCUGCCUUCUCCCUGUGUAAAACUCCGUCCACCCCAAAGGACAUUCAUCAGCUGAUUGGACUCUUACGUAACGCCUUCACCAUGAUGGCCAUGUUGGAUUAUCCCUACAGCACUCAUUUCAUGGGCAGCAUGCCAGCCUUCCCUGUGAAGGUGGCGUGUGAAACCAUGCUGAAUGGCACUGAUCUCAUGUCGGCACUCCGAGAUACUGUCGGCAUUGUGUAUAAUUCCACUGGCCAGCUCACAUGUUAUGACCUCUACAGUCUCUAUGUGGAGUGUGCCGACCCCACCGGCUGUGGCCUUGGCUUUGACAGCUAUGCAUGGGAUUACCAGGCCUGCACUGAGAUCGAGAUGUGCUACGAGAGUAACAAUGUGACAGACAUGUUCCCGCCUAUGACAUUCACCGAGCAGCAGAGAGAACAGUAUUGCUCAAAGAGAUGGGGGGUGGUGCCGCGUCCAGGGUGGCUGAAGACCCAGUACUGGGGCGACGAUCUCUCCACCGCAAGCAAUAUCAUAUUUUCCAAUGGUGAUCUUGAUCCUUGGGCUGAUGGAGGGAUCAGGAAGUCACUCAGUCCAUCACUGAUUGCAAUCAACAUACCAGAGGGAGCUCAUCAUCUGGAUUUAAGGGAGUCCAAUCCUAACGAUCCUGAGUCUGUGAUUGUGGCUCGGAAGAAGGAGUCUGAAAUUAUUUCUCAAUGGGUGAAGGCAGCAAUGGAGUCGUCAUCAUGAGUUCAUUUUUAUGUACAAUUUAUUAUUAACAUUGUAAACUUGUAAAAUAUUGAUUAAAUCCAUUUAUUUCUCACAGAAAUGGACAUUAAAAAGGUACAUUCAAGAAAUAUAUCAAUAAAAAGAAAAAAAAUCAAAAUGUACAAACUCACUCUUAUGUUUCAUUACAAGGAAUAUGUACAGCUGUACCACGUAUUACUUGUCUCAUCACUCCUGUUUUACAAUAUUUUUUGAAGUUCAUGUCUUUGGUGUAUGAAUGAUUCAAAAUGAUGUUGAUUUGUCAAUAUGCAUGAGGCAUCUAAUAUUCUGAGACAUUUGCACAAACAAUUAAGAGCGAGGCAUGAAAAGCCCUUCGUUUGAAAUCUGAGAUACACAAGCUCAAUUGAGUCUAGCUGUCUUCAGUUUCUCACACAACGAGAGAAAAUAAAAUACCCAGAAAUAGAAUACAGAUAGCAAGUUAAUUUAACACUUCCACACUGUAUUAUAAAUAAUCAAUACAAAAGUAUUUAUUCACAUAAAACAAAUUGUAGAUCGCUUCACAACAGGACUGAGAUGUUUAAAACAGAUUGAAUUCUCUUAAAAACUUGAUUCUCUGGAUUGAAAAUAGACAACAUUUGUCAUUGCUCUGUAUGUAAAGGCACACGUGGAACAGGACACCUCACUACACCACGACAACGAGAAACCGGUUAAUGCUCAGCCCUUGAUGAACAUCUACAGUGGUUUUAAUGUACAUACUACCAAAAAGAACAGGAUAUUAAUGUAAGAUUCUGCACAGUGAGAUGUAAUGUUCAACCAAGCUUUUCAAAUACAAUGCACAUAGUACAUCUGUAAUCUGUGUAAACAGCAGGAAUAUUCACUAAUGGUCAAAAAAGUUUACUUUUUUUUUUUUACAUUCUAUUCUAUUUAAGCUCAGGCCCACAAACUGAUCUGUAAUAAGUAGCGAAAAAUGAAUAGCAAACACUCAACUUCUCUUCCUGUAAGAAAACAUGUGGAAAUUUGAAGAUUCUUCUAAGAAAACCACCCCAAGAAAACAAAAUCCAGUUUUUCAUAUUUUACAAAAUAAUCUACCAAUACCAUGAAGUUCUUCAUACACACAUAAAAUUACUACUGACACAAUCACAUCUGAUGUAGGUCCCCUGAAAGAGUGAAAACUGCCAUAAUAUAAACCCUUAAAAACAUUGUGCUUGAUUUAACGCUCUAUUAAAAUACAUAAUUCUGACUGCAAUCACAACAAGUGGGACCAAAUUGAAAA